GAGAAGGCCGGCGCUGUCUACCCGGAAGUGCCGAGACUGCUUGAUGGGCUGUCUAUGGGAAAAGCCAUGUGAGAGCUGAGGUACGACGGUAACGUUUAGUAAAGGAGGAAGCGAAGUCGGUAUUCUUCUGAAGAUGACCGCUCAGGAGAUGCGUCUGUGCGGUCUCCUCUUGAGAGAGCACUUUGGUGAAGUGGUGGAGAAAGUCGGCGUUCACCUCCUGCGCAGUGGCACUCUCAAUCUGCGUGCUCUGGCUCAUGAAACCAGCACUUCUCUCGACCUGGUAAAAAAGUGUCUGUGUGUUCUGGUGCAGCAUGGUAUGGCUAAGUUUGGUCCAGGCCGCCGGGGUCCUGCUGGUCCUGUGGAGUACCAGUUAAAUAAUGAGCGGGUUCUCUACAUGCUCCGGUACCCGCGCUACAUCUACACGGCUAAGAGUCUGUACGGAGACACGGGAGAGCUGGUUAUAGAGGAGAUACUGCAGCGAGGUCAGAUGACCAUGAGCAGUGUGGUCAGGACUGUAGCAGAUAGAUUGACACAGAACAUGGAGGAUGGCCAGAGUAUGGACUACAACGAGGUGAUGACUGCAUUCUCUCGGUUGGUGGAGACUCAUUUCCUUCAGCGCUGCCCUCCAGUGGAUAGUUCGGGAACAUCAUCCUCAGAAACUUCAGAUUCUACUGCUAAUGCAACACCUCAGUCUGCUCAGCCAGAGAGCCACCCAGACUGUUAUAAACUUCCCCAGAUCCAUCUCUCUGGUCGGGGGAAACGUAGGCGAUCAAGUGGAGAUGCAGAAGCAAAUGAUAGACGAGCGAAGAGAGCCAAACUGGACAACACAGAGGUGUCGGGUGAUGAGGGAAUUUACUGGCAGGUGAAUUUCGAGAGAUUUCACUUACAUUUUAGACAUCAGGCCAUCAUCGGCGCUGUAGCCUCCAAGCUGGACCAGACCAGCAGUGAGAUUGUUAGGACAAUGCUGAGAAUGAGUGAAGUGACAACACCAGCUAAUGCUGCCUACACGCAAGCCAUUUCAGCUAACGAGAUUUUCCGAGCGCUCCCUACCAGUUACAACAUCGGCAGACCCAUCCUGGACCAGUACCUGACUCUAUUGGUGGAUGAUCCGAUGGAGUUUGUGGGUAAGGCGGGUGACAGCGGAGGAGGAAUGUAUGUCGUCAAUCUACAUCGAGCGUUGGCUAACCUGGCCAGAGCUACCCUGGAGUCUGUAGUCCAGGAGAGAUUCGGUUCACGAUCAGCUCGGAUUUUCCGCCUGUUGUUACGGAAGAAGCACUUAGAGCAGAAGCAGGUGGAGGAUUUCGCCAUGAUUCCAGCGAAGGAGGCUAAAGACAUGCUGUACACGCUGCUGUCUGAGAACCUGGUCCAACUCCAGGAAAUCCCAAAGACCCCAGACCACGCUCCUUCCCGUACGUUUUACCUCUACACUGUUAACCAGCUGCCCACCGCCAGGCUCCUUCUGCAGAACUGCUACAAGACGGUGGGGAACCUGAUAGAGAGGAGACUAUUUGAGACCAAAGAAAACAAACGCCACUUGGAGAAGUCCCAGCGUAUAGAAGCAAUCCUGGCUUCCCUGCAGGCCACCGGGGCAGAGGCGGCUCAGCUGGCCGAGGUGGAAGAGAUGAUCACUGCACCUGAGAGACAGCAGCUAGAGGCUCUCCGCCAUCAUAUCAACAAGUUGGAUUCGAGUGAAAACCAGGUGGAUGAGACCAUAUUCCUUCUAGAGUCUUAUGUAACUUCAGCUGCAUCCUCACGCUGACACGACAGUGGGUGUUUAAUUAGAUGUAGUUCCUGAAAUUGUUGGGUUUGUGUCUGUGGAGUAGGAGACUCACAAAUAUGUAACAUUUGGUGGGUUGCUUUGUAUUUUUGCUACUUGUUUAGUUGAUUAUUUAAGGUAUAAAGAAGGAAAAAUAGCAACUUCUGCCAUGUUGUUGGAUUGUGUAUUAAUAAAAGAUCUUGAGUUCAUGAA